ACGACGUUUUACAAAUAACGCAGCAGUGCUCUAAUAUUUUCAACGCUUAAGUUCUUAACUGCUUGAUGGCAAAGCAAAACCACUCAGCAGCUAGUGGUCGGUGUCUAUUCCAGGGAAACAGUGCAUAUAAAUGACAGUGUCUGUUACAGGCGCGAGCGACAAGUGCAAUGUUUUCAAAACAGUAAAAGAUGGAUGUCGCAGGACGGCGCACUGGGAUGCACUACGCAUCUAAUUCCCAGCCAUGAAAACAUCUGAAGUACACGGCCUGUGAUGCUGAUGCGAGUGGCAUGGAACCAUAUGUCAAGGAGCAGCCAAAAGGAAACUUCUUCGACAUCGCACCUCUCUUACGCCAACAUGAAAAGAAGCUCCGACGAGAAAUCGUUCUUCCAACCAUCAGGCUCGAGGCGGACCGUUGUCGCCGCAAGAAGCAGUACGACGCCGGGCGGGCGCAGACGCACUGGGAGAAACUGAAGCGCACCAUCCUCGACGCUCAGCGAGGCGGCGCCUUCUCCUACAGUCUGUCCAACCUGGAGCAGAUCAGACAGGUCGUGCUGUUCGCAGAGCGUCAGGGCGUGGUGGACCAGCGGUCCUCCUUCAGCGACGCCCGUUUUGCGUUCCCGGAGGUCUACGUGAGGCGGACCGACGACGAGUCGGACGAAGGAUUCAAGACUCCCGCAUCGGGAUACGCUUCGCCCCUGUUGGUGAAGUCUUGGACUGACGCUGGCCCUUCGGCUGUCGCUUCGGAGCGACAGAGCGUUCUUCCCUCGUCGUCUCACUAUGGCCUCGUGCGACGGUGGAGAAGUCCAGACCACAGCCCUAAGACCAGAGUUGACGCUAUCGGCUUUAACGAAAAGGGGAAAGCGGUUAAGCGAAAGCGCCUGGUACAGUCGCCUACCUGGACCUACGAAUCGGAGUCGAGGAGCCAAUCACCAGCUCGACAGCGGGAACCUGAAGCGACGAAUGGAGAAGCAGCGCAUUGCCACCGCCACUAUCAUCAUGAUAAUUAUGAGCAGGAGCAGGAAGAACAGCCGGAGAUACAGGAAGACGAAGAGUCCGUGGAGGGCGCGAGGGCCUCGAUGACCCUAGAAGAAAUGCAUGCGUCGCUGGACAGGUUAACAAAGAUAAUAAGCGAGAUGGCACUGCUGCUUAGCGUGAGCACAGCGCAGAGCGAGAUUCGAGGCGAGGACCUUCGUCGGAGGCCGUCGAGUCCGGCGGCGAUGAGGAGAUCGACCCGGGCGCGGAGCAUCAGCCGACAUCACGCGCACUCGUCGCGUGAACGGACGGCGAGUGCGAAGUCGUCGCCUCCCGACACGCCGGCAGUUCAGAGAGCGAGCCAUCCCGCCCGACACGUCUCUUCCAGUGACUUCGCCUUCUUCCCGGCUUCCGAUGAUGAAGAGGGUCAACAGUCCCGUCGGAAGAAAGGGAAGCACCCGAAGCCUCAACGAGAUCAAGAGUACCGCUCCGCGCCUGAGGCGUGCGCUGCACCCGUCUGCAGAAAAGCCAGUUACCAGGCUGUCGUCGAUCGGAACAAUCCUGCGAUGAACUUUGACGCGUCGUCCGAUUUCGUCUCCGCUGGCAGCGCGCACGACGAGUCUAGUUGUUGCUCGAGUAGCAAAAGCGAUUCGGAGCACUCCACUUCGCAGGAUGUGGAGAGCGAUGUCGAGGACCUAUGCGUCGUCACGUUCACGUCCGCGGAAGAUCGCUCUCCGGAGGCGUUGUGCCGGUCAAUGUCGGGUGUUCCUGACGACGAACGACGGCUUCUCUCCGCGGAGGCGCGGUCUCCGGGACUCUUCUUUCAACACCCACCGUUCCUUCCCCCCGACGAACUACCAGAAGACCACGGAGCCUUCGAGGCAGCUUCGCUCCAGAUCGACGACGCGGGCCGCUUGAGUCCCGGUGAAAUCCAGCUGGACUCUGGAGGCACGGAGCCUCCUUCCGAGCUGACGUUUCCGAUUUUUCAGACGCAAGAUCGAGGGCAGGAACGAGGUUUCAGAGGCACCGCCAGGGGUGCAUGCUGGUCUGAUCCUGGGCGUUUCGGGACCGAGCUGUUCAACAUCGAGGACGUCGACGACAAUGGAGGCGGCCUACGUGCUGUACGUUGUCGCGGCGAUGACCGCUUGCCGCAUGGCGGGAUACCGCUGGAGCAGGGCGCCAGAGAGGACUACCCUUCUCAACACAUCUGGCGCUGGGCCAAGAGCGACAGCGACCGCGUCGCGGAAGAGAGGGCCAUGCGGAGGCUCGAGCUCUACAAGACUACUUACGGCGGGAACAUCGAUGGCCAGCCGCCUCACAUGAAAGCAGCACACCUGCGGCUGGCGUCGUCUCCUCAACGUGUCGGCCAGCGGAUGUGCCAACUGGAGAUCGUCUGCAUCAUCACGCCCAUCGCGCAAGAGUCCAACAGCGCGCCGACCAGCACCAUGCACGUGCAGGCAGCUCAUUCAUCAAGCCUCCCUGAGCGAAAAGCUCCGUGACGAGAGUAUCGUUAGCUCUGGUUGUCGUCGACCUUCGUCCAGGAGUGCGGCUGCGCUAGUGUAACGGAACCCUGACGAUCGACCAAAGGAUUGCUCCCGCACUCGGAUCAUGUGCUAGUGUGGCUCAAUAUAUAUGCUUGCCGCAUCUAGGAAGGCGGAGGUCCAUCCUAAAGAACAAUAUACGGCGCAGUACGGCUCAUCGCUUGAAGCUCGAAGCAUGAGAGAAUAUCGUCGCACUCCAAUUAAGCGUCUGUGGAAAGACCAGUUCGCUCACAAGGACGACCAGAAGUUCUUUCUUUUUUUUUUUGAAAAGAGAACAGAUAAUCCAACUUGA